AGCGAAAGUCUUGCAUUGCUACUGCUUGCACGAACAUUGCUUACUAGAUGACCUUCAGUUAUUAUCGCAAGAUCGAAAACAAAUAUACUAGAAGUACAACGUUACACAUUUUUAGAAAAUUGUGUAAUAUCUGCUUCGUGCAAGAAAACUUGUAAAGGCGUCGUCAAUUGAUUUUUUCGAGCAAAACAAUAAUAAUAAAAUCAAAUUUACGUCGGUUCUUGAAAAAGAAGAGAUCAUGCCUUCAUCAACUACGCCUGCUGCUGAGCUAGCAAUAUGUUCUCUGGUGAGAACAACACGGCUGAUCACGGCACCGUAGGUCCACAUCAACACGGGAACACGGUUUACUAUUUCGAUACCACCACUGGGGAUUAUUACGCACUCGAUCAAGCCACUGGUGAGUACUAUUACCUCGUCACCGUCGAUCAUUCCGCGGGACGAACAUCGGGAGAUCAACACGAUAAUAACGUUGAAGCUGGUGUAAAAGGUACAACUGCGGAAGCAGCAGAGGAUACAACCUCCGCGGCUGCAGGAGAGCACCAGUGGCAACGCAGAGUCGUCCGACAGAGUGUGAAAGGCAGACUCGUAAAGAUGGAGAAUACCGACACGUUCACAGGUGCUCCCCCAAAGCGGGGGAGCGAGCAUAAACAUCCAGUAUCACGCGUAUCGUUGUCGAAAAACACCGAGCAGUCGGAGAAAGUAGACCACUCGGGGACAAUGUUUGUGAUGGAUCAUUCAGUACACACGGUGGAAGACAUCAGUUCGCCUUUGCCGGAACAAUCUGCGGCAAGUGGAACCAGCAGCGCAGGAGCAGCACGACCCUCCUCAAGCGGAGGCAGCCCACUUACUGGUCGCAGGGUAUCAGAGAGCAGACACCCGAAGCCCAGAGUGGUCACAAGUCCGUCAGUAAAGCACGAAUCCAUGAAGCCGGAGCUCGGUGGUGUAGCGCCAGAUCAGGCGGGAGCAACCGUGCACGAGGUGGAACAUUCGACGGUGCCAGGUAUGUCGCAUGAUUUUGUUAAGCACAAAGGAGGAGGAGAUGAAUACUAUACUUAUAUUGAAUGGAGAACGGAACAAAAUGAUAAAAAUCAGGCCCAUGAUAUGGUCUAACUUCUGAUAUUAAGCACAAAUUUAUAAGAGUCUGAGCACAUAUUAUAAUAGUACCCUUCUAAUCAGCACCGGUGGAAGUCCACAGCUGACGCGACCACUCCUGUUUCAAUUUUUGGUUUUUCAAUUUUCUCACGCGGGAGCUUUCAUUUCCUCGCUCAUAUUAACCUAUUUAUUUUACAUGAUCAGCCUUCGGUACCGCAACUGCUUUUUCACCAAGCUCACGUGGGAACAAAAAGAAGAUGAACGCUCUGCUCUUCGGUACCGGAGAGUACGUCACUGGUUUUACUCAAGUUGGUGGGAGCAAGAGUGACAAGUCGAUUGGUGUCGUAGGCGUGGUACAUUUUGAUUUGCGGGAGCGAGGGUUGCUUGGACCACGCAUUGGGCUUUGUGGCACUAAUGGGGAUAAGUUCGAUGCGAUACGGAAACACUUCGCAGAAAAGAUAACGUUUGCCGGGAUGCGGACACACUUCGAACAAUAUCCGGGAAAAGGUACGUCGAGUCUACGUCUAUCACUGCGUGUGCGUCUUGGUUCCGAAUGAUCUUCUUGGGAAAAACAUGUGUAUGAAUUUUAUACCUUGUGGUCGUGAUCACGAUUAUUCUUCAAACUAUCUUUUAUGAUCUCCAGGGAUCCGCAGUGCCGACGCUUACAAAGAAGCGUUAAAAGCUUUCAGUCCUGGAGACGUAUGCUCUGUUUUUACGCCUGACGACACCCAUUUCGACAUUACGAUGGCGGCUCUCGAUGCCGGUUUACACUGCAUGGUCACGAAGUUAUGAACUUGAACAGGUCGAAAUCGAAUAUGAGACUGCCGUUAAAUAAGACUGAUAUAUAAUUUGAAUUUUCGCAGUCGCGUGUUGUAUUUGAUUGGUUUUCUUGCUAAGAAUAUAGUCAUCCACAUCCGAGGUUCUUCGAUAAACACGAGCUCGGCGUCGGAGAGUUUGCUCAUAGAAUUUGGCAACGACAUAAUUCUCGUGGAAACCUCCACACCUCUCUAAGGCUCCCAAUCGUGAAGUCUCUUAGCGAACAUUUACAGCUGGUCAAAAAAGCCCAGGAAAAGAACGUCCUACUCCAGAUUGAGGUUCACAAGCGCUUUGACCCGAUCUACAACGAUGCGAGAAUGCGAGUGCAAAAAUUGGGAGACUUCAACUUCUUCACCAGUUAUAUGUCACAGCCGAAAUUCCAGUUGCAAACCUUCAAGGCGUGGGCAGGAAUUGGAUCAGAUAUUUCAUACUUAUGCAUAAGGAAAAAGGAGUUUCAUCAAGUUCAACAUUCAUAAAAUUGCUACUGUGCUCUUGAUGCAGGAGACCGGCCAAUGCUAAUCAACAACGGUAGCAAUGUAUCCGUUCUCUAGUAUGUCUCGUGCGACAUCGAGACCGACUCCGACAAGAGUCUACUACAACUAGUUAUAUAUAUAAUUUACACUAUUUCGAUUUCCGUAAUCAUCUAUCUGAAUUCGCACCACAUCGACUUGCACUCGUAGUACUAGUUCUAAUCAUCUACCUGAAUUCGCACCACAUCGACUUGCACGUGUGGAUGAUGCAGGGCAAAAGUAGGUGUACUUCGGUAAGAGCAUGCAAGAGUGAAGGUGUCGCAGAGAAGAUUUUGGAUCGACCGUGCGAAGAUACGAUUACCCUAAUGGCAACGUGGGAAAAUUUUCCGUCUGGUUCUGGGGGGAGUUUAUGAAGAUACUAGAUUAGCUCUAACUCUAUAGACAAUUAUACGAUACUAGAUAUCUCUAGAGGACAAGUAGCUCUCUGGUAGACAAUUAUACUUCAGGCUCAACUUUUUCCAUUGGUCAUCGGGGUUGGUCAAUGAGAUCGAAGAGGCGACCCCUUUAGAGAACAGGGAAAAAGGACGGGGAAACAAAGGAAGGCAGUUAUACGAUACUAGAUAUUUCAUAAAGUUAAUCCAUACAUAUAGACAACUUGAAUUCGGUUCUAGAGAUCUAGAUAAUUCAAAUUUGUGCUCCUGUGAAAAAUAGAGUGAUCCACCGAGCUCUUCAUCGAGGCUUUGCCAACUCUCUGAAUGGAUUUGAAAGUAAUUCUGAAAGAGCGCCAAAAUUAUAGAAGGGUGCAUUUUCUGGAGACAUCCUGGCUGCAUCAACAAUAAACGCAGAAAUAGAUCGUGACGGAAGUGAAGGUUCAUCCCAGGAGUUCCCCUCUCCUUCCCCUCUAAGACAAAUAAAGUCCACUGGCCACGCAACGUACACGGCCUCAUGGACAGCAGCAAAAAGCGACGUGCAUUCACAACAGCGGUUUUUUUGCCUCAUGAGCGAAGGCGAAGUUACCGCAGACCAGUGCCAUCGAGGUUAUACUUUAGUUAUGGAGGAACGUCAAGGAAUUUCUAGGCUCCGCUUUCUGGAACUCCUGCUAGAAGGGGGGAGUGGUCUGCAUCUGUUUUCGGGUUAAUGUGACCAAAAUGCGCGGUCAUGAUGAUAACCGCUGUAUUGUUUUUUUCUUCAACCAAGUAGCUUCUCUCUCUUUAGGAUCCGCAUUUCGUGCUAUACAUGGAGGACAACACCGUUUCGGCUCCGCAUAUAAGUGGUCUCUAACAUUCCCGGCGACGAUACCAAUGGUGUACAGAGCCUGAAUCCGCUUUACAUUCGCAAUGUGCCAGACAGCCAAAAUCGGUAUUGCGGACAGCAUGGAUAUGGGUACUUACUGUUACGUGCGUGCAGAUACUUUGAGCCAUAUCUGCGUUCGCUUAUACGGCUCCUUGGGCAGGUUAGUUGUAACUACAACACGGAGCGAAGAGAGCAUGACUAUGGCAUGGCGUUCGUUGAUACAGGGCACUUUAGAUUUAGAUUUUUUAGAUUUUUCUGGUGGAAGUGAAAACCUUAAUUUUUUUCAUCGUAAUACAGCUAUGUGAGUUUCCAGCGGUUCGUUGAGGCAGCAUCGCAGAUUAAUGCGGGAGAGAGGAAGGCAAGCGAUUUUGAUACAGAUCUACCUACAGGUCGUAUGACCUUACUGGUGACCGCUAUUCUCGAAGCCGGAAAGAAAAGCCUGGAUGCAGGCGGCAAACAAAUCGGCCUCCGAUACGACUCAGCAACCGGUGACGUGUGUGGAUUUGUUGAAUAA